AUGGCAUUUUAUCAAUCUCUUAGCCCUGAUACACAUAAUAAAAAUUAUGCAUUUGACAUUUCAGUUUUUAAAUGCGGAGAAAAUGAAACAAAAAGAUCUGGAACAUUACGCAUGGCAGGAGGUGAUCUCCGCUUUAAGAAUAACAAUAUCACCAACAACAUAUGUAAAGAAGUCUCCUCAAUUUUCAUUGAAAUCGGUGAUUAUUCAAGCAACUGUAGUUUUUCAACAUUCAGAGAAAAUAACCAAACUAAAACAAAUUCACUUUAUUUUUACUAUAAUCCAAUUUCUCACUCUACAACUCAAGAAUUUUCAUAUUGCAAUGUUAUUGAAAAUAAAUGCGGAACAGACAAUGAGCAAGUUUUAUUUAAUUGUAACAGUAAAACAAAUGUUGAUCACUGCAUAUUUUUAAAUAACACAGCAAAGUACAUGUUUAAGCAAAGUAGUAAAUCCAUUUUGACUAUUUCAGAUUCAUAUGCUGAACCAAAUUCAAAAACAGGAUCAGGAACUGUUACAUUUAAAAAUAUAAAAGGAAAUUACGAUUUUAAUACUUUCACUCAUUUAUUUAAUAAAACUUGUCCAAACAAUCCAAAAAAUGACUCACUUAAAUUACCAUAUCUUCCUAAAUUUGCAAAAACUGCAAUAAUAGGAUUAUUUCCAUCAAAAAAAUAA